AUGCGCGGAAACGGCGAAAGACGAAGACGACCAGCACAGCAACCAACCGCACAGCAACAGCUCGAAGCAGCACAGCUGGCCAUGUCAUCGUUGCCGUUGUCUCCUUCUUCCAGUGUGAUGCGCACGGGAGCGCUUUUUGGGUUUGCAGCAGUGGCGCUCGGGGCCUUUGGCGCACACGGUCUCAAGAACAUCAUCUCCGACCAACACCUGCUCAAAUCGUGGGAGACGGCCGCGCACUACCAGCUUGUUCACAGCGUGAUGCUGUGCAUGUGCGGUACACUUGGGAACCAAGUCAGCAACAGAACUUCCAACCUGUUUAGCCUUGGCACGAUCCUUUUCUCCGGCAGCAUCUAUGGCCUCGUACUCACAAGAUGGAAGGUCCUCGGCCCCGUGACCCCCAUUGGAGGGUUGCUGCUGCUUGGCGGCUGGGCGUCACUCGGAGUCGACUUUAUGUGAAUGCAACACACUGCCAACAAAUCGUGCGUGUGGAGGACAGGCGCACACACGUGUGCAUGCGCUGAUUGUGCCCGUCCCACCCCCGCUGUUACUUGACUGGACUCGAGAGCACGUGUGUCGUGUGAAUUGUGUGGUGGCUCUUGCCCAUCAGUAAACCAAAACGAGAACAAA